UCUUUUGCGCGCUAAAUGUUUGGGUUGUGGCGGAAUGAGAAGUAAUGAAUUUGUUGGAUCGGGUUAACAAUUAUUUGAGAAUACCAAAAUUUAAAUAAUAACUAAAAAUUGAUUUUUUUUUGGAUUUUAAUGGGCCUAUUUGGGUUUUAGUACGGUGAGCUUAACCUCACUUUACGUUUGAAAAAUGAAAUAAUUUUUUUUUUAAAAGCAUUCGGAAGCGCUCUGACAAUUUUUGUUAUAUAUAAACAAUUGUUUACAUGGUGAAACCAAAUGAACUUUAUUGUAAAAAAUGGACAUUGAUUCUGAUGAAGCCGGGAAAGAACGUCAGAAGCGGAAAAGAGAUGAUGACAGCUUUGAACAAAACCCUGCAGUUCCACCUGCAUUCUGCAUUUGGGAGAUGAUCGUUAACCCUUUAAAGAGCCUCUUUGAGGAUUUGGAAACCUCUCACGAAGACCUGAAAGCUCUGAUAUACUCGCUGGCCAAGGCUUGCAAAGAUUCCACCGAUACAUUCUACCCUUCUGGCAAGGGAGUCUCGCCCCCAACUUACGAGCUGUGGGUGCAGCAGUAUACGAACUUCGACAUGUGGCUCCUUGGUCGCUUGUUUUACAUGCUAGGUUACGAGAAGCUGCAGUACCUGCAUGCUGUGUGCACGGAAGCUCAGCUGAAUAUUCUGUACAUCUUGCAAGUGAACCAUUACGAAAUCUUUGAACGAAUCCUCCAAGAGUACCUCCAUUAUCUGACAGAUCUCGCCGAACUGCAGGUUCAGCAGACAUUGUGUUCGAGGGUGCCUGUGACCAUUGAGAGAUUCAGUUCCCAGCAUGAUGUGUGCCCAGGGCUUGAUUUGACUCAGAUUAAUGUGUCCAUUUGCGAUGAAAAUAUGUGCUCUAAUCUUCUGUGUCAUGUCUUACAGAUUUUCACCUCGCUGAUAAGCAGUAUUUCCGAGCACAUACCACUUUUUUUGAAACUGUGGAAAAUAGUGUGCAUGCUAGUGGAAUGUGGGUCUGUCGGGGUGAAGAUAAGUUCAUUGAAGAUGUUGUCUGUGAUGCUUCAGAACAACGCAUCUGAUUCACCCGAGUUUGUGAGGCACUUCAUCUAUGUUCUGAGAGCAAUUACGAAUGCCUCGUGGGCCGACCUGUCCGACGCUGAUUACGAGCGACUGUGUGAUGCCGUGCGUACAUCGCUGCAAGCGUUCAUAAACAGCGGGAAGUCUGUUUUGGCCUUGCACAAGGAUCACUUGAUAGAUGUCGGCCUGGAAUCUCUUCUGGCGGACGAAAGGGACUGUGUUGCAUUGGAACAUCUUCAUUCAUGUGCAAGUGAUCUGGUUGUAAAACUUCUUGCAGAGGAUGUGCAAUUAGAUGAUGCUCGUAUUGAAGCUCUUGGAAAUGCCGCCACAAAACCAUGCAUUAAGGUGUUGAUGUACUGUGUGAUCAGAGAACUACAAGCUACGAGCCCAAGAGGAAAUGAACACCCAUCAGUUGCUAAGCAAGACUGUGAAGUGCUAAUAGCUCAGGACGUUAGCUCCACGUGGUACAAGAUGUACACUCGCUUUCUGUACAUCAUGGAAUUUACUACAUCUGUCAGUGAUGUUCAUGUUUUACUUUCACUGUUGAGGGAACUCCACGACACAGUGUUCUGGGUAGCUGCGGCCUGCACUCUACAGGAAAAACCCUUCCAGAAUGUGAGAUUUUUCGGAGAAAAUGUGGAAUUGAUGAUAAUGUUUUUAGUGGACGCUAUUAACAGAAUGCCCAGAGAUUUCUCGGAUAAUGUUAAGAGUAAUGUGGUGGAAAAAACAAUCAAAAUUGCGGGAUGUUUUCUGCAAGUCCCUGAAAUGGAAAAUGUCUCCGCAAAGGCGUUGAAUACUGCAAUCGCCCUGGUCUCCCUGCCUUGGGUGGAUGAAAACAGCGAAUUUCUGGACCUCGGGAAAGAAUUUGUUGACAAUUUUGACAUUGCUUCAUUCAAGACCACCAGGUUCAAAUGUUUUUUGGAUCCUUCGCUGAGGAUGGAGUGCCUGGACCAGCUGGCGAGAGCCCCGCGUGACACAGCGGAAUCCUGGAGGCUCGGCGUCGUGAGGCAGUGCCUCUCGGGCCCAGACGGGGCGCUCCGAGCCCGCGCCGUCGCCGGCGUCCCCGUGCUCCUGUCCGCCAACUGUCACUCCGUCGCGGCCGCGGACGUCCUCUCGGCGGCGCUCGGGCAGCGGGACCCAGUGGUGGAGCUGGCGCUGUCCCGAGUCUUCGGCAUCGUGGCGUGCGUCCUCUCCGGCGAUCAUCGUCUCACCAGGGUGGUGUGCGAGGACUCGUACGUGAGGCACCGAGCCGAGUGCAGGCGCUGCGACGGCCCGGAGAGCGGUGGUGAGCACGGGAGCCGGUGCCCGCCCGUGGCGGAGCGCCUCCUGGCGGGACUCGCGUCCCUGCUGGACUCCCGACUGGCGGAGGUGCGGCUGAACGCCGCCCGAGCCCUCCCGAGGCUGUGCCGACACCUGGACCGGGGCGGCCGGUGCCUGGAGCCCGCCCGGUGGCUGGCCCUGCUCCGUGACGACGAUCGCGCCGUGAGGCUGGAGCUGGCGGGGGCCGUCGCCCCGCUGGCGCUCGCCCGGGGGCCGGCCCCCCGCCCCGGGUGCGACUCCCUGGCCGGGCUCUGCGGCAAGCAGCUCGUCGCCGCCGUCAGGUCGAGCCUGGCGGAGCCCCGGGAGGAACUGCAGGACUCGUGCAUGCGCGCCGUCGCGGAGAUCGGCCGAAUACCGGAGGAAAAUACUCUGCUACUUGUUGUUGGCUUGAUGAUCGUGUAUGCCUUACAUCCUGCUUCAUGCAAGAGCUCUGUCGUUAAAGUACACCUCAACCAGAUAGCUUCUGCUCGAAACACAAGUCCAGACAUUCUCUUCUGUCAAGUUCAGGAUGAACUCAGUGAUGUGAUGGCCGACUUGCUCCUGCAGAACCAGAGCUGCUCGAACAACUUCGUCUCGUGCGUGAGCAAGCUGGCGCAGGCGUUCGGCAUCGCCGUGUCGCUGGAGUUUGUGGGCGGCCUGAUCUGCCAGCUGCUGCCCGUCGUGGUGGCGGCCGUGCCAGGGUCCCGGGAGGCCCGCCGGCUCGUGGGCGAGAUGGCGCUGGCCAAGAAGAUGGACGCCAAGCAGCUCGUGGACGAGCAGUUCCAGUACAUCUACCCGCAUAUUUACAUGCUCAGAAAUGAGGAUAAUUUGCAAGGAUGCAUUUCUUUCAUGGAAGAGGUAACUGGGUAUUCUGUGUCCAAACUAAAAUGGCGUUCUUUUAAGGCAUUAUGCAGCGAGUUCCUUCUGUCUUACAAAUUUCGAUCCACAGAAGUGGUGAAUGCUCUGAAAGAGCUUGUGACGCAUAAGUCAGAGUCCAAAGAUUCCACAGAGCUAGUCACAGCAGAGAAUCUAGCGGACAAGCUGCAGCGACAGUUCCUCGGCGUGAUGGUGUGCUUCGACGACCGGCUGCGGUCGGGCUCGGUGUCUGACGCGGUGAAGAGGAGGGCGCUGCUCUCGCUGCCGGGCGUGAUCCGGCUGAUGGGGCCCCGGCACGUGACGCCCAUCCGGUUCAAGGUCCUGGCCAUCCUGCGCUCCGCCCUGCAGCUCCGCUCCAGCAACUUCCCGGACCUCUGCUGCGCCUCCUGGGACAGCUUCGUCCACAACAUUGACAUCUCGACGGUUGGCCCUCUGCUGGGUACGAUAUUCACGUCUCUCUUGCCGUACUUGGAGGAUUUCCAAGAAGAAGUGAGCUCAAUCUUCCAUUUUCUGGUGCGGCAAGAUAUUUUGAAGCCAUACUUGAAGGAUUUGUACUUCGUUCCAAACCACCCAGCCAUUGAGGGUGUGUACGCAACCAUUCAAGAGAACAUUGUGACUGGGAGGCCGUUCCUGGACACACUGAAAGAUGCCCUCUCUUACAUCACUCACGAGAACAUGGACAUUCGUUCUCACGGCUUGAAGCGCUUGAAGAAACUUCUGGAGUCCAACUAUGUGCAGUUUCAGAACUGUGUGGUCGGGGCAGAAGGUUUAGAUCCUGUUGUUACUGAGGUUGUGGAAAGUCUCAUAUCGAACUGCAGUGAUACGGAUAUCAGUGUUGCACAAGGCUGUGCCAUGUGUUUGGGAGAAAUUGGAGCAAUCGACCCUGGGAACCUUCCCCGCAGAAAAAGCACAGCAGAGCGUGCUGCUUUCCCACUCAGCGUGAAAACAGACAGUUUCGCGGUUGCUGCUCUCAACGAACUUGUGAGGUCAUUCCAGACUUGCAGGAACUCUGAAAACUUGGACGGAUUUUCCCUUGCGAUUCAGGAGCUUUUGAAGGCGUAUAGUAUUUCUCCUAAUGCGAAAGCUUCAAAGCGGCAUUUAUGGGACAGUUUCCCUGAUUUCAUGAAAGAGAUCAUGUCUCCGUUGCUGACUUCUAGUUACAAAAUAACGGUCAACAGGGUGUCAACAUACGUCCAUCCCGUGUACGGUUCCAGGUAUGGAAAGUCACUCACAGACUGGGCUUUCCACUGGAUAAUUAAACUCAUCCCGCUGAUGGAAGAUAAAUUUGCAGAGUCCAUCUUUGAUUCUUGUCUUUUUGCAAUGAAGAACAGUGCUCAAGUACUACUGUUCUUCUUACCGUACGUUGUCGUGCACGCGCUGUUCGCGUCGAGCCAGGAGACGAAGCGGAUGAUCCUGGAGGAGCUGCUGGCCCCGCUGGGCAGCGCCCUGCCGGCUCCGAGCUCCUCCGGCGCGGCCGCCUUCCUGCCCCUGCACCGCUCCCCCCCCCGGGCGUCGCCGCCGCGGGCUCCCGGCCCCCCAGGACCCCGAGGAGGGGGGCGGCGGGGCGGCGGCCCACGACCUCGCACCAAGGCCGUGUGCACGCUGCUGGACUUCCUGGACCGGUGGCGGCGCGAGUGGCGGCCCGGGGCGUGCGUCGAGGAGGCCCACUUCACCAGCGUCCGAGAGUUCUGCAGUCACAUAUCGAAACUGACGGUUGCUACUGCGAACUACAACUGCAUGGAAUACCCAAGAGCACUUAUUUAUGCUGAAACAUACAUUAAAGAGCAUCCGGACGAGUUCCAGAAUCAGCUGCCGUUACUUACAAAAAUAUUUGCCCAGCUCGACGAGAAGGACGCUGUGUCCGGUAUCCUCACAACUCAGCAGCAGGAGCCAUCUCUCGAGGACCUCAUCCUUGCCCAUGAAGUCAUGGGGAACCUGCAGGAUGUAAGUUCUUGCUACGAGAGACUUGCUCAAGAAAAACUGCUAACACCUCAGUUUAUGAAAGGAAUGGUGCGGUGCUAUCUCGCUCUCGACCAGCCGGUUAUGGCGUUGAGAGCUACAGAGAACAUCUUGACACACAGUCCCCACCUGGCGGUCGUCAUGUGCGAGCAGCAGGCGGAGGCGUUCUGGCAGCUGCACAUGUUUGACGAGCUGGCCGGCCUGGUGUCGCGGCCCGAGUUCGCCGGCGACCGGUCGUGGGGCAUCCAGGUGGGCAGGAUCCUCACCGACUUCCGGCGCCUGGACCGCGACGGCCUGCGCGAGAACGUGGAGGCGGCGCGCAGGAUGCUGCUGGAGGCCCUCGCGACGUCCAGCCUGGACAAGGGGGCCUACCACAACGGAUACGAGGAAGUUGUCAGGCUGCAGAUGCUGAACGAGGUGGAGGCGGCGGAGGAAAUGGUGCGAGGCGCGCUGCGGGGCACGGGCGACGCGGGGGCCGUGCAGGCGCUGGCGCACAAGUGGGGGCUGAAGCUGGAAUGCGUGCAGCAGUCGGCGGGCGUGCUGGAGCCCAUCCUCGCCCUGCGCCGCACCCUGCUGGACCUGGCGCGCCGGCUGCUGGAGCCCGGCGCCUCCGGAGCGCUGGAGCCGCUCGUCGGCCGGCUCUGGCUCAGCAGCGCCGAGCUCGCGCGCAGAGCUGGUUCGUACCACCAGGCGUACAACUGCAUCAUGAAUGCCCAGAAGUGCCACCUGAAGGAGGUGUUCGUGGAGAAGGCCAAGUGGCACUGGGAGCGGGGGGAGCAGGAGCUGGCCUUCAUGACGCUGCGACGCGGCCUCGAAGAGCACUUCCCCGACUCGGCCUCCUUCAAGAACAUGGCGUCCGACGAGAGGAAGGACGACCGCAAGCUGUGCGCGGAGGCAAAACUGUUGAUUGCUACGUAUAAUGACGAAACAGCAAAUGUGACAAUGGAUGUCAACAUAAACCACUACAAAGAAGCGAUGGAGCCAUAUAGGGAGUGGGAAAAGAGUCUUGUGUGUUUGGCCCAGUAUUACGAUCGUGUUGUGUCGACUGUGGCACCUGAAGAAAGGGACUUGAAAUUCGGGGACCUUCAAGUGAAUGCAAUACAUUGUUUUCUAAAGUCAUUGCAAUAUGGCUGUAACCAUAUCUACCAGUCAAUGCCUCGGCUGUUGAGCAUUUGGCUGGACUAUGGAACACGAUUUUAUGACGCUACAAAAAUUCGAACCUCGGCCACCACUAUUGAAAUCAUGAAAUCGCACAUGGAGAAAAUGUCUAAUCUAAUUGACACGUACUUGGACCGUCUGCCACCUUACAUGUUCCUUACAGCGUUUUCACAAAUCAUAUCGCGUGUCUGCCACACACUUCCAGACGUUUAUAAGAGAGUGAAAGCUAUAAUUGUGAAUUUGCUUAUUGUUUACCCACAGCAGUGUAUGUGGAUGUUCAUUUCUUCAUGUAAGUCAUCAUUUCCUGCACUCGCCAAACGAAGUCAAGAAAUUCUUCAUGAUCCAGCUGUCAAGCAAGCCAAGUUGAGCAAACUUAUAAACGACUUCAACAACUUGUCCGACAAGCUUAUUGAAUUGAUCAACACCCGAAUAGAUGAUAAUGUAACUUCCACGACCGUUAGUGCCAUCGUAAGAACUUUGCCCCUACUGUUUCGAAGCAACUUCAGCCCCAUCAUGCUGCCGAUGCAGAAACAGCGCUCCAUCAUGCUUCCCAGUUCAGAAGAUGGAAUCCAGACACAUGAUCCUUUUCCUCGGAGUGUCGUGUAUAUUGAAGGCAUGCUGGAAGAAGUCACCAUAUUGUCGUCUCUGCAGAAACCUCGCCGAUUUUCAUUUAGAGGCUCUGACGGGCAGGAGUACAUGAUAAUGGGAAAGCCAAAGGAUGAUUUGAGAAAGGAUUUUCGAAUCAUGGAAUUUCAUUCCAUUAUCAACAAGUACCUGCACAAAGACCCGGAGUCUCGACAGCGAGGUUUGAAGAUCCGCACAUACAGUGUGGUUCCGCUGAAUGAAGAAUGUGGCAUUGUAGAAUGGGUUCCCAAUUUAAUUGGUCUUCGCCCAAUUAUGUUGAAAUUGCUGAAAGAAAAAGGCCAGCAUGUUUCUGGCCGUGAGCUAAAGAAAAUGAUGUGUGCUGUGAGCGAUCCACUGCCCAAAAAGCGCCAAGUGUAUUUGGAACAACUUCUGCCCAAACAUCCUCCAAUACUUGAAGAGUGGUUUCGGCAAACUUUCGCAGAUCCCUACAACUGGUUCUGCGCCCGAACCGCGUACAUCAGGACAGCGGCAGUGAUGUCGGUGGUGGGGUACAUAGUCGGCCUGGGGGACCGGCACGGGGAGAACAUCUUGCUCGACUCCACCACGGGGGAUGCCAUUCACGUUGAUUUCAACUGCCUCUUCAACAAGGGCGAGACGUUUGACUGGCCAGAGCGCGUGCCUUUCAGGCUGACCCACAACAUGGUGGUCGCCAUGGGCCCCAUGGGCGUGGAGGGCACGUUCCGAAGAACCUGCGAGAUAACGCUGAGGAUGAUCAGGAACCAGCAGAACGCGCUCAUGUCUGUCUUGAGACCAUUUGUCUACGACCCCACCGCCACUUUGGGCAACAUGAGCCGCAAGGGGCACUAUGAGUUCACCAACGAACAGGCUGUCAAACACAUUCAAAAUAUUGAGCUCCGAAUCCAAGGCAGAGUGAAGAGCAAGAACAAAAGCUUCACUUUAUCUCUGUUGUCUGUCGAAGGCCAAGUGAACAACUUGAUCCAAGAAGCAACCAGCAUAGACAAUUUGUGUCAGAUGUACAUAGGUUGGGGAGCAUUUUUGUGAGCGCCACAAAGGAUUUGUUUGUGUUGUAUGCUAUACCUAUGUGAAUUGACAUUUGUUCCUUAUUAGUUGAUGAUUCAACACUGGAAAUACGUGUAUUUAUUUUUGUAUUUUUGUUAUUAAAGGUUAUGAUGAAUUUCAUCUUCAAAA